UGAUUCAGACCUGACGCGAACUGAAAGUCCACAUCUUUAGCCAGUUGCGUCCCCUCCUCAGUGCUCAUGGACGCACCAAAACCCUCCCAAGUUCGAGUCCUCAUACGCCCUCCUCCUUCUCCCAACCCUCCCACCACUUCUUCUCCUUCUCUACCUCCACCUCGCCCUCUCCCCAACCCCAUUCCCUCCUCAGAUCAUUCUUCCUCCUCUUCUGCAACACCUUCCUCCUCCUCCGCUGCUUCCCCAUCACUACCUCGCUCUUCCGAUGGUGUGGUGGUUGUUGGCUUCAUUUCCCGAAGACCCGAUGAUUCCACCCAGCUCAUUAACCGAGUUAUCGACUUCAAUGUGUUCGGCUCGGGCAAUCUUGAUAAACGAUUAUUCGUUGACGAAGAGGAAGCCAGAGACUGGUUUAAGUGGAGGAGAAUUAGUUAUUACCAUGAUGACGAAAAGGGGAUAUUAUAUUUGCAAUUUUGUUCCACUAGGUGCCCGGCCAUUGACGGCUUUUCUGAGCCGUCUUCGGGAUUUGAUUCCGUGGUGGAAGAGCACGAGUUCGGAGACCUCCAGGGAAUGCUUUUUAUGUUCUCUGUUUGCCAUGUUUUAAUAUAUAUUCAGGAGGGAUCACACUUUGGUGCUAAGAUUUUGAGUAACUUUCGUGUGCUACAAGCAGCCAAGCAUGCUAUGUUUCCAAUUGUAAGAUCCCAGACUACAACGAACAUGUCCUCUAGGCCAUAUUCCUCAUCAUUUUCGCGACCCACCACUUCAGCAAACAAUUCUUCUCCAGGACAAUGCAUACCUGUUACAUUGUUUGUUUUCAUUGAUGAAUUCUCCAAUUUACCAAAUCCUAACAGUAAUGGGGAGGACUCUUCAGAUUCCUUCUCACUUAAUCAGUCUUCUAAUUUGAGUGGCGUAGCCAAGACAAACUUGCCUGCUAAAGGUUCUGGUUCAGUAGUUGUGCUGGCACGCCCUGCAAGUCGAUCUGAAGGUGGAUUCAGGAGAAAACUACAGUCUUCCCUUGAAGCUCAAAUUCGAUUUCUGAUUAAGAAAUGCCGUAUACUAUCAGGUUCUGAAUCAAGUUAUUCUAGCAUGAGAACUGGAGGUAGUUCAACGUCUGCUCCUUUAUUUUCACUUGAUGCAUCAAAGGCAGUUGUUUUGCUAGAUCAAUUUUCAAAUCAAAGAGGUGAAUCUCUUGAGUUUGCCACUGGGCUUGUUGAAGAUUUCCUGAAUGGGAAAACAAACUCUGAUUCCCUGCUGCUGGAAAGCCAUAGUCAAAGUGCUAGCAAAGAGGAUAUUAUAUCUGUGAAAGAGUUCAUCUACAGGCAGUCUGAUAUUUUAAGAGGGAGAGGAGGGCUGGUUAAUACCAAUAGUGGCUCAGCUGCUGGUGUUGGUAUGGUUGCUGUUGCAGCGGCUGCAGCGGCUGCCUCUGCUGCAUCAGGGAAAACAUUUACCACUCCUGAUCUUCCAAAUUUUGAAGUCUGGUUAUCUUCCAGUCAUCAUAUUUUGAGUAAAAUUCUCUGUACAAAAGGCUGUUGCUUGGAUGAAUGUGAAACUAUCAAAAGAAGAGCCCGUCCAAGGAACACGGUUUUACCCACAGCUGAUGGAUCUUCAAAGGUUACAGAUCCUCUAGAUGUCACAUUAUCUCGGUUGCAUAGCGGUGAAGGGCUCAUUACAAAGUUUUCAACUUCAUGGUGCCAAAGUGCCAUUCCAGCUGCAAAGGAGAUUUAUUUGAAAGAUUUGCCUGAUUGUUAUCCUACUUCAAAACAUGAAACCCAUUUGCAUAAUGCUUUGACUGCAUUUUACUCAAUGGUCAAAGGACCUGCUGUGCAACAUUUUGCAAAAACGUUAGAACAGGAAUGCACUUUAAUUUGGGAAAAUGGGAGGCAAUUAUGUGAUGCUGUUAGCUUAACAGGCAAGCCGUGCAUGCACCAACGACAUGGUGUUGAGACUGGUAAUUCAGAUUUAUGUGAUUCAUUAAAGGCACAUUCCAGUGGGUACUUUUUCCUUCGUGCCUGUGCUUGUGGCCGAUCACGACAAUUAUGUCCUGAUCCGUUUGACUUUGAAUCGGCUGAUGCUAGUUGCUUCUCUGACUGUGAUAAGCUACUUCCUGCACUCAAACUUCCAGAAAUCAGGGUCACACAGCCUAUUCAGUCAUCCUCUUGGAGUUUGCUUCGGAUUGGGGAUGCAAGAUACUAUGAACCUUCUAAAGGCUUAUUUCAAAGUGGAUUCUGUGCCACUCAAAAAUUUCUUCUCAAAUGGACUAUAUAUCCAGAGAAACAGAAAGUGCCAAAUGGUUCAACAGAGAGCAUAGUUAAGCAAGGUUCUAUGACGAGGCCGCCAAUGGUUGAAUUUAUUCCAGAUUCCAAGACAACUGGCAUUGUACAGUCCUACCCCGCUAUACAGAAUGAAGUGGAUGACCGAAAAACAUCUUUGGAUAAUAUCAAAUCUGAUGAUAAAAAAAUAAGUUUUGGUAGAGGUCUUCCCAAUUUCAAAAUGAGAAAACCUUUUUCUGAGGUCGUUGCUGGAUCAGCUGCUGGUGAUUCAGGAUUUCCCCCUCUUCAGCAGAGGAAAUUGCCAACAUCAGGUUCUGAUAAGGGUAUGAAUCAAAGUAGGACAAGUAGUCAGAGUAUGGAACGUGUCAAUGCAGCUGUUGAUCAUGAGGUGUCUCAGAAAUCUUUAGAUAUGUCCCUUGUUCAGGGACCACUUGAUAGCAAUAAUGCUAAUAACUGCAGGGAAGGUGACCCCUUUUUGCAGAUAGGUAGCAAUGGAGUGCCUGUAUAUGUGAAUGAUAGUGAAAGAAUAAAGUUUCAUUCUUUUUUGAAGCAUGUAAUAAUAUAUGUUGGAUUUGAGCAUGAAUGCCCCCAUGGGCAUCGUUUCCUGUUAAAUACAGAACAUCUUGCUGAACUUGGAUCUUCAUACUCAUUGUCUGAAGAAUCUCAUAUAACUUCUGCUGAACCUGGACACAGCAGUCUGACAGAUCAUAGUAAAGUAAACAAGAAUACUCGCUGGGGUAAAGCUCGUCAAAGCUUUGUGUCAGCAAAUAAGGAAAGGGAGGUGGACAAAUCAUGUGAAAUUAUUUCUAUUGGUGAUUCAAGUUCAGAUGGAGUAAUGUAUGCUUCCCAUCCACAGAAGGAACAAAAUAUGACAUCUGUUAGAGUGUUGGCUAAACCUUCUGAUCUUCCAAAAGAUCUUGGCGAGGAUCUUGAAGCUAUUAGCAUGACUGAUGGUGAUCUUGCAUUCUCCAUGUUGAGUCGAAAUUUGCCUGUCUACAUGUUCUGUCCUCAUUGCAGGCUUUCAAGGAACAAGAAGGUUCCACCAAAAGUUAAGUUCGCCAGCACUAUCUCACAGCUUAAAAGGAUUUUUCUGGUGACAGCUGCAUUUCCUGUGACAUUAGUAACAUGUCCCAUUGUACAAUUUGAGACAUCAUGCCUGCCUCCAUCAGUCCCAGAUCGUGAACAAAAAUUGCAGUUUGGCCUUGGAUGCCAAGUGGUUUUGCCACCACAGAGUUUCCUCACUCUUAAACUACCAUUUGUAUAUGGUGUGCAACUGGAGGAUGGAAGAAAGCAUCCUCUUAAACCCUUUGAACAACAGCCAGAAAUGACUGCGUGGAUUACCAAGGGUUCAAUACUGAAGAUCUUGUCCAAGGGGACCAAUGAUGAGGGGUAUCAAAAACACUAGAAGAUUAUUAUCCUAUUUUUGGUUAAACACCAGAAGAUUAUUUAAUUUUAGAGUGGCUUUGCAAGAGUGAAUUGGGCAAGGUUGUCAACAGCUUCUCCAAAACUCAGUUUCAUCUAGAAGAGGCUAGAGAGAAAGCAAGGAAGCACUGCAUGGAAAAACUGUGACUUAAGCAUUGCAUUCAUUCAUUGGUUAAGUUGUAGCAGGCUUUGACAGCGUUUCUACAAGUUUUCUUGCAGGAGAAAGGCCCUUCGUGAUGACUGAUGAGUGGAUAGACGGCUUUGUCUAGUUUGAGGAUGUCAGGAGCCAAGACCAUGACUGGUGUGUUUAACAUAUGCAAGAAACUUGAGAAAAAUAGACCGCAUGAGAAACAGGGAUCAGUGUCUUGCUGGGUCUGUAUUCCUUGGUCAGUACGGCUGGAUUGUUAUGACCUUGAGUGGCGGUGAUUUAAAGCAAAACGGACUCAGAAUGGACUUUUUAUGCAGAGCAACAUGCCUCAUGCUUUGGGCGACAUCCUGUGAUUAACAAGCAUAUUUCUGACAUCUGAAACUAAAUCCCAAACGGGUGGCCUGCUGCAUUACCUCUUGGGUCGUCACAAGAUUUAACGCUUCAACAAAAACGCAGUUAGAAACCUACCUAUGUUACAGUUGGAGCCAGUGAUCCCCUGUCCUCUCUGCUGACGCCGAGAAGCUCCAUCAUUCUCUCUGGUGUUUUCCACUGGCCAACUAUCUACUGGUCGCCAACACUGUCCUAUAGUUUAUGGCCUACAGCAUAAGUAACACAAUGGAAAAUAAGGAGUGAGAGGAUAUAAGGUGUAUCAUUUUGGCUAAUUCCUGCGUGGAAGCUUCGAUAUAGUUUCCAUAAAGAUAGGUAAAGCAUGAUGUCUGAAUCGUUACCCAAAAAAAAAAAAAAGUAUGAUGUCCGAAUCCAAUCUGGACGCAGAAAACCACAAUUUCGAAACUUAAGAAAGCUAACAAAUGCUUGUUGAAGUUUUGCUAAAGAAAUAUUCCUCAUAACUACUGUCAAUUUCUUCUAGGUUAUUGCUUGGUAAUGUUGCAUGCUAUGUUUAUUGCUAGUCGGACUAAGCAGAUCAUCAUGUCUGUCCAUUCUACAUGUAUAGAUCCUAACCUGAUCAGUUAGCAAAGUAAUUUGUAUA